AUGGGGCUGUUGUCGAGGACAGUGCAAUCUUUAGGGAGCCACAGGGAGUGGAGCCGCAGACACUUCUGGGGUUGGCUCAAUGCCGUUUUCAACAAGGUGGACUACGAGAGGAUUAAAGCCGUUGGUCCGGACCGAGCAGCAGCGGAGUGGCUGCUUAGGUGUGGUGCCAAAGUGAGGUUUCAAGGUUUUGACCGCUGGCAUCAAGACUACAAUGGACUGCCAACGGGUCCUCUGGGCAGAUACAAGAUCCAGGCUAUAGACGCCACCGAAUCCUGCAUAAUGUACAAAGGGUUCGACCAUUUAGAUGGUUUGGAAUGUGUUGAAGAAAUCAAAUUCAGUAAGUGCAUCUACAUUGAAGACACCUGCCUGGAGAGGCUGAGCUCAAUAGAAAACAUGCAAGAGAGUUUGUACAUGAUGGAGGUGGUGUCCUGUGGAAACGUGACCGAUAAGGGCCUCAUCGCCCUGCACAAACUCAGGAAUCUGGGGUAUCUGUUUCUCAGCGAUCUCCCUGGAAUCAAGGACAGACAGACCACUGUAGGUCGACUGCAGACGGCACUUCCUCGUCUGGAUGUAGUCCUGGACCUGGACUGA